GGAGCCCUGGGUCAGGCGCUGAGCCACGAGGGGCGCGAUCCGGCCGGACCCAGCCGAGUGCAGCUCGCCGCCCUGCUCCCUGCUGGCCAGCAUGUCCUUCGUCCCUGUGGCCGAGGAUUCUGACUUCCCCAUCCAAAACCUGCCCUACGGCGUCUUUUCCACCCCAGACAACCCGAGACCGAGGAUCGGCGUGGCCAUUGGCGACCAGAUCCUGGACCUCAGCGUCAUUAAGCACCUCUUCACAGGGCCUGUCCUCUCCAAACACCAGGAUGUCUUUGAUCAGCCGGCUCUCAAUAGCUUCAUGGGCCUUGGCCAGGCCGCCUGGAGGGAGGCGAGAGAGUCCUUGCGGAACCUGCUGUCCACCAUGUGCCAGCUCCGAGACGACACGGACCUUCGGAGACGGGCGUUCACGGCCCAGGCUUCUGCUGCGAUGCACCUGCCAGCCGCCAUAGGUGACUACACGGACUUCUAUUCCCGCCAGCACGCCGCCAACGUGGGGAUCAUGUUCCGGGGCAGCGAGAACGCGCUCAUGCCAAACUGGCUGCACUUGCCGGUGGGUUACCACGGCCGUGCUUCCUCCGUCGUGGUGUCAGGCACGCCGAUCCGAAGGCCCACGGGGCAGAUGAGGCCCGACGACGCUAAACCCCCCGUCUUUGGCCCCUGCAAGCUCCUGGAUAUGGAGCUGGAGAUGGCUUUCUUCGUAGGCCCCGGGAACAACUUGGGAGAGCAUCCCAUCUCCAGGGCCCACGAGCACAUUUUCGGGAUGGUCCUCAUGAACGACUGGAGCGCUCGAGACAUCCAGAAGUGGGAGUACGUCCCUGGGCCGUUCCUGGGGAAGAGUUUCGGCACGACCAUCUCUCCGUGGGUGGUGCCCAUGGACGCCCUCCUGCCCUUUGCCGUGCCCAACCCGGAGCAGGACCCCAAGCCCCUGCCGUAUCUCCGCCACGACCGGCCCUACACGUUCGACAUCAACCUCUCUGUCACCCUGAAAGGAGAAGGAAUGAGCCAGGCAGCCACCAUAUGCAGGUCCAACUUUAAGUACAUGUACUGGACGAUGCUCCAGCAGCUGACCCACCACUCUGUCAAUGGCUGCAACCUUCGGCCAGGGGACCUCUUGGCUUCUGGAACCAUCAGCGGGCCGGAGCCCGAAAGCUUUGGCUCCUUGUUGGAGCUGUCCUGGAGGGGAACGAAGGCCAUCGACCUGGGGAACGGACAGACCAGGAAGUUUCUGCUGGACGGGGAUGAAGUCAUCAUAACAGGGCACUGCCAGGGGGACGGGUAACGCGUCGGCUUCGGCCAGUGUGCUGGGAAAGUGCUGCCCGCUCUCCUGCCCGCGUGAGGCUCUGCGCAUCCCGGACGUGAGCUCACCGCCCCUGCCCGGGGAUCCCCGCCGUCCGCGGCCGCGGGCCUGGCUCCUUGUUCAGUGGGCCCGGAAACGUGGCGUUCGGAAGGCAACGCCACAGUGACACCGAGGGCCCACGUUGCUUGUCCCCACACGUGUUUUUCAUCCUUAACGGUGAUGAAACCACCUCACGGUGCCACAGGCUGCUGGAGCUCCAGCCAACACGCCCGAGUUCCAGGUGCACAGAAAAAGAAGAUGAAGAGGUGGAGGCUGGGGCGGGGGAUGGAAGCAGCCCCCUUCCGGCUGAGCUGUGUCGCUCACGCGGCCGUCCCAGGCGCGCAGCACCACACCGUUGGCGGGAACCUGGUGACAAGACCAUACCUCACCGCAGGGAGGUCUGGGGAUGUCACCUUUUCGCUGCGUUCGUGGUUUCUCCAGUUCAAACCAGGGUUCAGUUGCUAAAGAAGGAGGGGAGCAGGGAUGCUGGGGCGGGGGGCGCCAGUAGCCUGCAGCCCGCAGGCUGGGCAGGGCUUCGCGCUCUGGCGCUGACCUGCUCUUGCCCAGGGACUCUUGCCACGGUCUCCAGUCUCGGCCGGUUUCGGCGGAAGAUCCUGUGCAGCGCCGACGGCCGCAGACCACCCAGGCCCCCACCCUCCAGACAAGACUGAUCCAAAUACCCUCUGAGUUUGGAAGGCCAGCCCCUUUCCUGGGGGGUUUCCUCGGUUCCUGGGGGCCGGUGCCCCAGGACCACGUCCGUGUCUGUCGCUCCCCCGAGAUCCCCGCUCUCCAGCUGGGUUUUGAGAUUGUUCCUUUAGUUCUGUCUCCUGGCUCCAGUCUGCACGCGCGACCGUCUUUUCCUUGAAGGCCUCGCGUCUACGUAGCAGGACAGCUGGCACGCACGGCGGGGGCUCCCGGAGGUCUCCGGCUGGCGGACGGAAGUCGUUUGAAUCAUUAUCGGUCCGUUUGGCCCCGCCGGCGCCAGGGAAUGCUGAUCUCAGCCGUUGAAGUCACAGGGGUCCCGCCUCGCCGUGCACUUGAAGUGCCCCCGGGGGCAGGCGGUGCCGCGGAAAUCUGCGGGAUCGGAUCGGAGCCUAGACGCGGGGCCGGUGGGGCCGGCCGGGAUCCGUGCAGCAAGGACUGCUCCUUGGGCCUGGCUGCUCUCCUGGGUCCGGAAGUGCCCAGGGCAGCCCAGGGGACAAGGGGACCAGUGGUCUUUGCGCCCCGAGGCAAACCGCUCCCGGUUCCGCCUGUUUCGUUCCUGCUUCCUGUCCCUCGAGGCCCCUGGCGAGGGUACGCGGAUGAGCCACGAGCCCUGCGACCCAGGGUAGAAUCCCUUUGAGGACGUGCCCUGAGCAGGAGGGCCAAGGCCAGAGGGGUUUCUGGCGGGAUGGUCACGCUGGGGGUGCCGGCUGGACUCGGGGGGCACCCCACUGCCCUGGGCCCGGUGGAGCCCCUGUCGCUCCUGCGCAGGGGUAGGAGGGAGGAGAGCCCUUUGCCUCCAGCGCCGCCCCCCGGCCCCGCCCCUGCCCUGCACCCUCUCCCUGACACUGGUCCAGCUUUGAGUGCUGCUGCACAGCUAGAGCGGGCCGGGUGAGGCUGGCCUCCGGCUGUCCCCUCCUUGGGACAAGGGAGCUUUAGGGCUUAAGUAUGGUGAGGAUUGUUUCUCCCAAGAUUCUGCAAUUGGAAAAGAUAAGACAAAAUAGGCCGAGAGAGGAGGAUUAGGGCCUGAGGUCCCUGGUGGGGGGGAACACCCAUUCUGGAACAAUGCUGGGAGUGCCCGGCCACAGCCGCCCCCCUCGGGAGGUUUCUCGUAACAAUGUGCCAGACCCCACCUACCCCCUCAGGUUUCCCCCAGGAAUGUGACCGAAGGCCUCAGUGUGGCCUCAGACCACCCCUCACCAGCGGAGCGGAGCACCCAGCGCCUAGAGUUGUGCCCCAGCAAGGGUGGGACCUGGGAAGGCGCGAGGGGGAGGGGAGAGGGGAGGGAGAGACCAGGACCUUCUACGGCGAGGACCCCCGCUGGAGUCCUCAGGCGUUUCACUCCCGACUGUCCCCCGUCUGUACACAGGGCUUUCCUACCACUCUUCCGGUCUCGUCUGUUCUAAUAAACUUUUGCCAGCG